AUGGCUGCCAAGGCAGCACAGGACAGUCAAAUUAUCGUAGAAGGAUGGGUAUUGAAGAAGAGGAGGAAGAAGAUGCAAGGAUUCGCCCGUCGUUACUUCACGCUAUUCCGGUCGGGAGUCUUGUCGUAUUCGUUCCACCCUGGCGAACCACCUCGCGACCAGCUUCUCUUGACACAAGCCGCCAUAGCGACCGCUCCAGGUCGCAAAGACAUCCACAUCGACUCCCGUACCGCGACUUUCCACAUCAAAUGCCUGAGCGACGAGGACUUCAAUAAAUGGAUGUCAGCAUUCCGGACGUACAUCGCUACGGACACUGCGACUGUCGGUCGGAAGUCGUCUAUAUCCAGACCGUCCAGGUCUGGUUCCAGAAAUGCAUAUUACAACCGGUCUGGAGCAUUAGUCGAUGAGAUUGGCACGACCAUAGCCGAGUUGCAGGGCGCGUUUACCGCGCUGCUAGAAGAGGAUGCGAAACGGAGGUACAGCGUUACCUCACGUCCCAGUCUGCACGGCAAAGAACACAGCGGACCUGUGCUAUCGCUUUUUAAGAACAGGAAACCGUUCCAUGGUGCACAGGGAUCCACACAUGAACCAACCGUCGAUGACGGUCACCACUCGGACAGUAGUCAUGGCAGCCCUGUGCUGUCUCCCGCUCAACAGAGGCUUCAAGUGGGGCUUCAGAGCCUGAAAUACCAGCACUCUGCGCUGGUACAAUCGCUCUUUACACAUGCAGAACAAGGACCGUCGCUUCGCGCUUCUCCCCUUCUCGCAACUGCGAAAGAAGAGGAAGAAAUCCAGACGCCUUCAACGGGGUAUAGCACAUUGAGUAGGGCAUCCAAUAGAUCUCACCGCCUGAGCUCGCAGAGCGAGGCGAGUAUCUGGUACGAUGCUGAAGGGUACGACGGACCCGAAGAAUUUAUACUGGACGACACGCCGGCGGAAGAAAGCCCACCGGGCGCUAGCCAACUUUCCAGUGCUGAUGUUGUAUCGACCUCCCCAUCCAAUGACACCGAACUGAAUUCUAGUGCGGUUGAAGCGAACGUGUCGACCUCAACCUCAGUGCAGCAAAUUGUGCGUCGUACUCAACUACCUUCGCCACCCGUUGGCGAUGAAGGUAGCCUCUUCGCUGUGUUGAAGAAGAGCGUUGGGAAGGAUCUUGCCCAGAUCGCACUGCCGGUGACGUUCAAUGAACCGUUGACGCUCUUGCAAAGGAUAGCGGAGGAGGUGGAAUAUUACGACCUGCUUGCCCAAGCAGCGAAAUCCAUAGAUCCAGUGGAGCGGCUUUGUAUUAUUGCUGCAUUUGCGGUCUCAGGGUAUGCAAAUACCAGAUACCGUUCCGGAAGAAAAGGCUUUAACCCAAUGCUCGCAGAGACUUUCGAGGAUCCUCGCAUGCGCUUUAUCGCGGAAAAAGUAAGCCAUAAUCCCGUCGUUCUCGCUUACCAUGCGGAAGGGAAUGAGUGGGAGCUUUACGCCACGUCCAGCGGAAAGACGAAGUUCUGGGGAAAGAGUCUCGAGAUCAUACCGCAAGGUGUCACUCAUCUCGUUGUUGGGAAAGACCGCUAUGAGUGGACGAAGCCUUCUUCCUUCAUGCGGAAUCUUAUGAUGGGCACGAAAUAUCUCGAGCAUUGUGGGAAGAUGACCAUCCAAAAUACGACCACAGGUGCGCGCUGUGUCCUUGAAUUCAAGGAAGCGGGCUACUGGGGCCCCUCCAAUCAGGUCGCUGGUAUCGUUUACUCGCCUGAGGGCAAGACGAUGUCGCACUUGGAGGGCAAAUGGGACGAGCAAAUGGUGCAGAAGCUGGACGCGUCCCACCUUCGCAUACUCUGGCGUAUGACCCCUUUCCCCAAGAACGCCGACGACUACUACGGCUUUACAUACUUCGGUAUAACCCUCAAUGAAAUCACGCAAGACCUGGCGAACAAGCUACCGCCGACCGACUCGCGUCGACGUCCCGAUGUUAGAGCACUGGAAGAGGGCAGCCUAGAUUUGGCCGAGUCAGAGAAGGCACGGGUCGAGGAGUUGCAGCGAGAACGGCGAAGACAAGGGGAAGAACGCAAACCUCGGUGGUUUAAGAAGGUCGGUGAAGAAUGGCAGUACGUGGGCGGGUACUGGGAAGAGCGAGCUAAGGGCUGGGACGGCAUUGCGCCGCUGUGGUGA